UAGCACAGCCACAAAGUCUGAAUUGUCCAAAUCAUAACAAUGAAUGAAUACAAAAAUUUGCUUUUUUUUGUCUUCAAUUACGGUUUGCGGUGUGGUUAGGUACAAAACCAGAAUUGAAGAGUAUUUUUGUUGUUGUUGAAAGAAAUGGUGUUUCUGCCAAUGUGGCUGCUGUGGUAUCUAGUGACGACCAGAGCGAAGGGAAUUGUUGAAACGUUUUUUUGCGACGGAGAACGAAUUCGUAUUGGACAAGUUCAGCUGGUUCGGACGUUUUUAAAAAGUUCUCUCGUUUCCUGCUUACGGAACACACACACACACACACAAGGGAUUGAUCAGUUCUUAUACAGAACGAAUACAUAUCAAUGUAACUUGUUGUUGUGUUAAUAGCCUACUGUACUAUUUAUGGUGAGUCGACAGCGGAAUGGAGUUUCCCGAGGAGGUCCUCGCCCACAUAUUCUCCUACCUGUCGGUAAAGGAACGGGAAAGCGCGUCGGCAGUAUGUACGAGGUGGUCGCAGUCCAUGAGCCACCCGCGAGUGUGGCGGUACACUGAAAUAAGGUGUGAGACCGGGGAACGGGAGGACCCUGCUCUGCAGUAUUUCUCCUCUCUCCUGCCAUUGGUCCGUCACCUGAAGAUCACCAUCAGUUCGCUGAGCGAUCCAGCCAAUCGCAGCGCUGCCCUGUCCGUCCUCCGCCUGGCCACCAGCGGUCCCCUGCGAACCUUGUCCCUGUCCUGUUCUGGAGGAGUCCCUCUCUUCUACUCAGGUCACGACCUGGAGGAAGGGCUGGAGGCCGCUCUCACUGCAUCUCCGGAACACGUGGGAGGAGCCUUCCUCUCCCACUUGGACCUGAGGGGCGUGCCCUUCACCCUCAGCCAAUCCCUGGUGAGGGUCUUGGCCCGGCAGAGCCCCAACCUGAGGAGUCUAUUGGUCAACAAUCAGACACUGGUGUGUAAAGUGGAGCCAGAGGCUGUGGUGGAGGUACUGGGACUGUGUCCACUUCUCAACACACUAGGGCUGUUCUAUACCAGCCUGUCCCAGAAGGUGGUGGAUGAGCUGCUGUUGCCUCAACGCUGCCCCCUCCUGGCCAUGGAGUUGUACUGCGAGCGCUUUGCCAAAUACAUCCCCCCUCUGGAGGACAGCGUGUGGGCUGGACUGAAGCACAGACACCCGGGGUUAAAGGUAAGCCUGAUAUUGGACCACACUCUUCCCAUGGAUCAUUUCAGCUCCGUAUUGCAGCCCAGCGUUCCUCUGCAGCACCUGGAACUCCUCACAUUUACUGACCUGGUCCAGCAGACACACCUGGUCACCCAGAGCUACAGCCACGCCCUGGAGACAAUCAUACUGCAGACCACCUCGUCUCCAGAGCUGGACUCCGCCCUGCGCUCCCUGGCCGCAGCCUGCAGCCUCCUCAGAGAGGUCCACUGUUACUGUGUGGUGUCGUGUGAUGUCAUCAGGGCCUUUAAAGACGGCUGCCCUCGCCUGUGGAGAUACACACUGAAGACACGCAAAGAGCCACACCCCUGGAGAUGCACUGUUAUUAAAUGACGACCAAUCACACACCUGGAGAUGCACUGUUAUUAAAUGACGACCAAUCACACGCCUGGAGAUGCACUGUUAUUAAAUGACGACCAAUCACACACCUGGAGAUGCACUGUUAUUAAAUGACGACCAAUCACACCCCUGGAGAUGCACUGUUAUUAAAUGACAACCAAUCACACACCUGGAGAUGCACUGUUAUUAAAUGACAACCAAUCACACACCUGGAGAUGCACUGUUAUUAAAUGACGACCAAUCACACACCUGGAGAUGCACUGUUAUUAAAUGACGACCAAUCACACACCUGGAGAUGCACUGUUAUUAAAUGACGACCAAUCACACACCUGGAGAUGCACUGUUAUUAAAUGACAACCAAUCACACACCUGGAGAUGCACUGUUAUUAAAUGACAACCAAUCACACACCUGGAGAUGCACUGUUAUUAAAUGACAACCAAUCACA